AUGGAUGCAAAUCUAAAUGUAGAUAGACUGAUGGAUGAAAAAGAGCCUCUUCAUGGCAGGAGGAUCGAACACAGUCUCCUCAACAUGUUGACAGAAACUAUUCAGGAGCUGGAAGCUGUCAGACGCUGCAGAGAUCUUCAUGAUGGCAGUGUGAGUGGGAGGAGAUGCAUAGGAGAAGAACCAGUUAGUGGCGGAAGAGAGGAAAUACAGAGAGGCAGUGAAGAAGGGAUGCUCAGUGCUGCAGAAGAUAAGGAGGACGAUGAAGAAAGAGGAAGAAAUGCUGAUGAAGAGUGGGAGGAGAGAGAGUGCAAGCAGAGAGUUCUGGGAGUGCUGAGGGAGCUGAGCGUUUUUCAUUCUGACAGUGUGACAGCAUGGAGAGGAGUUCUCAGAGAAUGUGCCCACAAGUCCCAGCAAGGGGACAGUGAUCCGCAACAUCCGUCCACAACAGAUUGUAGAGUCACACCUUGUUCAGACUCCUUCAGUGACACUUUACUGAGUGUUGGUCAGGACAUAGAUGUCAUUAUGGACAAACUGAACACAAUCAUAACUAAGCUGGAUGAAGAAAUCCUCAAAUUAUGUGCCGAGGAGGCCUCAACUGUGGAUGCAGCGCUUCAGGAGACCAGAGAUCCAAAAGCACCAGAGCAACCGGAAGAGGACAACAAUCCCCUAACCUCCCAUGAUCCCAUUGAAUCUGACUCUGGGCAUAAACAUGGCAUUGAGGAUGGAGAUGAUCAAAGUCAUAUAAUGCCAUCACCAGAUACUGAACGAACUUCAGACUCCAGAUUCAGCAGUUCUGACUGCAAUGAUGGAAAAGACACGAGGCAAGGAUUAGCGGUCAGAAGUCAAGGGAGUGAUACUGAGGACUGUAAUACUCCAGAAGGACAGACAGAUUUCCUGGAGCACACAGAAAAGGACAAAGAGGAGAACAACAAAGAAUGGAUCAUAGUAGGGCUCAAUGGUCAACAGGGGGAGAGCCAAUCAGAUGCACCAGAAACAUGCUUCAUCAGAGCACCUAUAGGUGUGGCUGAAGUCCUGAGAUGUGAGGUGGCCGACACCCUGAGCUGCCUGAUGGUGACCGGCUCGGAGGAGCUGGUCAGCAGAGUGAUCAGGGUCAAAGUCCAGGAUGGAGCUAACGUUCACUUCCCCGUGACUGUGGUUGUGCCUUUCUGCGCACGUUACCGAGGCAACUACAGGGAUGUCGCUGUGAAGAUAGUUGAUGGAGAGAGGAGGGCCAGCUACGUCAGUCCUGUAACCACAGAGGGCACGUAUGGAGGGCAGAGGGGCUCAUUUGCAGAGGUAAGGGUGUAUUCCCUGGGCCUGUUUGCAGUUGUUUCCUGUCUAAAAAGAGAAAAUUACACAGUUCCCACAAAGGGUUUGUCACUCAAGCUACCCAUGGACCCCCGAAUCUGUCUGAACUACCUCCCGGGAUCGUUCACUGCUCCAGUAAUGGCACAAACAAUGAUCCAACCAGUAGAUGUCGUAUUUCUGGCUGCCGUCAAGUCCAGAAGCGAUGUCUAUCACACGGUGGUGUCUACAAGUCCGCUGCUCUACCUCACCCACCCUUCCUCUCAGCCCCUGAGAAGACCCCUCACCCUCAUCCUUCCCUGUCCCCCAAACCCUGAAAAAAAGAGACACACAAGGGGACAAGAGGAGGUGGAAGACCACCAAACUCGGCCUGUUAGUGCUUCUCCACCAUGGGAUCAACCUGCUUCCCACAGAAGGAGAGACGGGGCCUCCGUGAAGUCUAAGGAGAUGUCCAACGAGCUGCUGAUUGUUCUGGGUUCAAGAGACAAACAGUGGAGCGUCCUGGAUAAAGUCAUUCAGAACCAGCAAAACGGACAGGUGUCCUUUGAACUGAGAGAGCACUUUGACAGGCUGCUGGUGAUUCGUCUCCUGUCUCCACUGCCGAAUUGCCGUCUCACCACCCUGGCGGAGGAGCUGGAGGAAUCGGUGUGCUUCCACGCCGUCUCCAUCGUCCUCCAGCGAAGACAAGAUGAGCCUCUCUCCAUCCUGGUGGCUGCUCUUCCCAGCAGAGACCUCAGCUGGGAGCUGUCCAAACUGCGAGCCCGGGGCUACGGCGACCUCCCGGAGACCUCGUCGGAGAUCUCCAUGUGCGAAGGAGACCAGCUUCUCCUGCGUUUCAGUGGCAACAUCACCUCCAAAGGAACUCAAAACGAGGGAUAUGAUGUCCCGCAUGAGCGCAUCACCUUCCACAGUCAGCAGAAGAAUCACCUCUUGGUGCAUCUAACUGAAGUGGACCCAUUUGGGAACUACAGCUCCCCGCACUACAAGGGCACGGCCAUGUUUUACAAGGUCACCAGAGGUCAGCUGGAGUGGCGAGGCGACAGACCAGCCCCCAUGGACACAAAGCUCCUGGGAGACCCCGUCUGUAAGCUGUCUCUGACUUUACCCAAGAAAGUGAGAACCAUUAAUCGACCCAUCACAGCUAGGGUGAACUUACGCCAAGAGACAGAUUCCCUGUCAGACUCUCUUCUUCUUUGGCUGUCCGCUGAGCUCUCAGAGGAGGAAGUGGCCCUUCUCGUGGUCUCCCUGCGUCUCCGUCGAAGCGCUGCUCAGCUGGUGAAGCUCCGGGUUGGGGAUAGUCUGUCCGCUCAGGCCUUCCAUCUCCUGGCCAUGUGGAGGAGGGGGCUGCCCGCUGCAACAAACCAACCCAAGGCCUCUCAGCUGGCUCACUGCUUGGCCAAGAGCGGCAGGCCGGACCUGGCCAGGGAGUUGCUGCUGCGACAGGCUGCGACCACCAGGCAGGACUCGAUUAAAUAAGGAAACUUUGAAAAGUAG